AUGUCCAAAUCACACGGUGAUGGCGCGCCAGCAUACAAGGAUCCGGCAUCUUUGAGGAACAGUUCAUAUAAGGGUGGAAAUAAAUCCGAUAUGUUUAGCCUCGGUGUAAUAUUGUGGGAAAUAUCUAGUGGAAAAGUCCCAUGCGGAGAACGUAUUAAAGUUACUGAUAUUAUUGUCUACAGACUUAAUGGCUUUCGUGAUUCUCCAUUUCCCGGAACACCUGAAGAAGAUUAA